AGAAGCGUGGUGCCGCUGCGCGUCGUGUACGUUCUCCAGGGAACUGCCGGUUUGCUUUGGAUCGGGUAAAGCUGGCUGUACGUUCGCGGAGUUGUUUCUCUUUGCGAGAAGAGUAUUCGUUUUCUCCUUUUAUUUCCCCUGAUUUCUGCGCGAUCUGGUCUGCUACUUUCAAAGGAAUGCGAGCAACUCUGCUGCCCAGGCUUGGUAGCAAAAGGAAACGAGUUUUUAAGCAAACAGAAUAAACACUGCUGGCCAACGAGAAGAAAGGGAACGGAACACGAAGAACAGUUUUUACUUGAUUUUCUAUGGUUGUCCAGUGCCUGAUCUGUUGUUGUUGGUCCUUUUCGCUGUUGUUUUCGCUGGUUUUGUUUGGCUGUUAGCUGAGGCAGCAUGUUGAUCCCUAUCAUUUGGCAUCUUCAUCGAUACGCAUAGAUUGCUAGCUCGUUUUUCUUCCUCUUGUACUAACUGGUACUAACUGGAGACUGCGUUUGUGGUGUAGGACUCCAGUAGUCUAGUUAACACUUCAAAACUCUGUUGGUUUCAAAAUCCCUCCGAGUCAGGCGUGUGGCGCCUAUUUUUGCAGAUUUCGAUUCGUUUGUUCGUUUGAUUCUCGCAUCUGCAGUGACUUGGUAAAUCCGAAUGAAACGUCAUGGACAAAGUCCAGUGAUGAAUGGGUGGAGUUCAGUGUUCUGAGUGGCGACGCCACUAGGUGGAUUCUCUCUGUGUUGGUGAUUCCUUAUUGGUUUGAUUGUGACAUAAAACCGAAUCCAAUGUCAUGGACCCCGUCCAUGCUAUAUUCUUCAAAUCUGUUAGUGGUCUGGAUUAUUUGAAAUUCCAAAUACAGGCCUGCCAAAGGCGUCUAGAUAUACCACCUUACUGUUGAGAUGCUGAUUACAGAAGAAAAUGCAACGGGCAGUGCAAGCCAUCAGGUCGCAUGGCAGUGUGCUUAAAUAUGCUGUUCAACAACACAUCAGCACUCCCAAACCAGCAAUGUUUCCUGCUGCCUUUUCUCGCUUCAUGUCAGCUUCGUCUGCUCGCCUAGAGGAUCGUGGAUUUGAAACCGCCACUGUAGCAGAUGUCUUGAAGUCUAAAGGGAAAAGUGCUGAUGGAUCUUGGCUCUGGUGCACCACAGAGGACAAUGUCUAUGAUGCUGUCAAAUCGAUGACGCAACACAAUGUGGGAGCUUUGGUGGUGGUCAAACCUGGACAGGAAAAAACAAUUGCUGGCAUUAUCACAGAGAGAGAUUAUCUCCGGAAAAUCAUAGUGCAGGGACGAUCUUCCAAGUCAACUAAGGUUGGAGACAUCAUGACUGAAGAGAACAAACUGAUCACGGUGAAGCCUGACACCAAGGUCCUGCAAGCAAUGCAGCUGAUGACAGAGAACCGCAUCAGACACAUCCCGGUGAUCGAAGGCACGGGGAUGCUGGGGAUGGUCUCCAUCGGCGAUGUCGUCCGUGCAGUGGUCAAUGAGCACAGGGAGGAGCUGAACCGGCUCAACGCCUACAUCCAGGGAGGCUACUAGGACGACGCCCCACCCUCCCAGCGAUGUCCGCCUUUGAUAUCCAAUAACUCGGACCAGUGAUGAUGACGAAAUAGUCUUUGUGUUCGUGGACAAUGCUGUUGAAUUGCGCAAGGUGUUUUUUCCCCCGCGUGCUCUAUGUGUAUAUUGCCGAAAGGCGGGCGCGACAGUGCGCCUGGUGCUGGGGCGCAGAGACUAUCUGACGGUGGAAACACCGGAAAUAAAAAGCGUGCCGCCGUUUGCUUCUUUGGCAGGA